CUGCUCUGCUCGGAUUUAGAGGGAUAUUACAAUGGAAGACAUCAAUAAUUUCAAGACCCCAAACAAAGUGUCUGAAACAAAGAAAAAUGCAUUGGGUUCUACUCCCUGCGUAAAUAUUCCCGCCUCCCCGUUCAUGCAGAAACUUGGUUUCGGUACUGGAGUAAGUGUCUACCUAAUGAAGAGAUCUCCAAGAGGUUUGUCUCAUUCUCCCUGGGCUAUAAAGAAACGUAAUCCUCAAUGUGACGGUCAGUAUGAAAAUGUGUAUCAGAAAAGACUCACCGAUGAAGCCAAGAUUUUAAGAAAUCUUCAUCAUCCAAACAUUGUAGGCUAUCGGGCCUUCACAAAGGCCAGUGACGGGAGCCUGUGUCUAGCCAUGGAGUUCGGUGGUGAGAAAUCCCUGCAUGACAUCAUAGAGGAGCGACACAUGGGCGAUGGGGGGCCCUUCCCUGCAGCCAACAUCCUCAAGGUGGCCGUGAACAUGGCCCGGGGACUCAAGUAUCUGCACCAAGAGAAGAAGCUGCUUCAUGGAGACAUAAAGUCGUCGAAUGUAGUGAUUAAAGGAGACUUUGAAACAAUCAAAAUCUGUGAUGUCGGCGUUUCUCUGCCACUGGAUGAAAAUAUGACAGUGACCGACCCUGAAGCCUGUUACAUUGGCACAGAACCCUGGAAGCCCAAGGAGGCCUUGGAGGAGGGCGGAGUCAUCACCGACAAGGCUGACAUCUUCGCCUUUGGCCUCACACUCUGGGAGAUGAUGACUCUGGCCAUCCCGCACGUGAACCUUCCCGAGGGGGAUGACGAAGAUGCCAGUUUCAAUGAGAGUGACUUUGAUGAUGAGGCUUAUUAUGCCGCCCUGGGUACCCGGCCCCCUGUCAACAUGGAUGAGCUUGAUGGAUCAUACCAGCAAGUGCUCGAGCUCUUCUCUGUGUGCACCAAUGAAGAACCCCGGGACAGGCCUUCUGCAGCCCAAGUCGUGGAUGCUCUGUACACAGCCAGGCCCUGA